AUGACUGAAUUGCACGGCAAGAAACCUCUUUCGGUAGAAUUGGAUUCCAAUUUGUGGUAUUUUGCUUAUGGCUCCAACCUCAACAAAGCUGUGUUUGCAGGACGGCGAGGUAUCAAGCCCAAAGACUCCGAGACUGCCAUUCUUCCAGAUUAUGAACUUUGUUUCAAUGUACUUUUCAUGCCCUACACUGAACCUGCAAUGGCUGGAUUGCGAAAGAGGGUUGGUAGUAUUUUGCCCGUUCACGGCGUAAACUACUUGCUUAGCAGAGAGGAUUUCAGAAAGAUUGUUUUAAGCGAGGGAAGUGGCGUCGCAUAUAAAGUGAUUGAGGUUGUAGCAGUGAAUCUUUCUGGGGGAAAACCACGUAGAGUCUAUACCUUGAUCACAAGACGAGAUUUGCCCUUCGCAAUUAGGAGAUUUCCUUCAAAAGAUAUCUUGUAA